AUGCUUUACACUCAUUUGAAAAAAACGCCCCUUCUUCUCAUCUUCAUGCAGAUUAUAUUGAUUUCAAUGGUUCAUGGCACUAGAAAACAAGGAAAACUGAAGGAAAUGUAUGUAUGUGGAAAUAGCGCCUACCCAUUACGUGCAGUAGAGAAUGCCUUCGUAUCUGUCACAAGACUUUUUCGAAAAGGCAAAACGAAUCAACUUAUCCCAUAUACAGGUACCACUAGACUUCCCAUCUUUAAAGGCUGGACCGGCGAUUAUUAUGAGGCGAAAGUCAAAGGAAGCAUAUUGUGGGAUUUUUCUAGCACAAAACGAAAAGUAAAGGGUUACGUUGUAGUCAACAAAGGUCGUGAAGGUGGCAGCCUAAUAGGUGUCGUGGGAAUAAGUGACGAUGGCACCUACUCCGUGUGCGAGAAAAAGAAUCUUAGAUCUACGAGAUCUUCUGCUCUAAAAUACAAUUGA